AUGUCUGAAGAUACUGAUUAUCAUUGGCUCCUAUCCGAGCCGGGCUUAGUUGAUAGUGCCUCGGGAGGCUUCGCAUUGGACAGUCAUCGCCAUAAUCUUUCCGUCAUAGCUGCUCGCACGGCUCCUGCGUACCACAACAAUGCUUCACCCAGCAUUGCCAACGACUUAUCCAGCAAUAUUCUCACUCCGUACAACACUUCGCUGGAAGGAUUGCUCACGAACACAUGCCCUGCUACUGGGUUCAACGUGAUUAAUACUGUACAGAACCUACCAUCAAUUCCGGAUUUGACUGUCACAUGCUCCCAGCUUGGUGAGAUUUCUCUUGAUGAUCCCACUCAUACAUCUCCGUCUCGGUUUGCAAGCUCGUGCCGAUUGCACUUUGAUCCCCAGAGACUGUACCCGGAUACCUUUUACGUAGAUACCAUCCCAUCGCAUUGUCCUACCACACUACACGGUCUGAGCUUUGAAACACCGAGUUCAUCAGCCCUCUGUUUCGUCGAUGAUGGGCAACAUGCCCCUGAAAUCCUUGGCAAUGUCGACUACAGCGAGGGCUUUGAGGCUGCGGCUCCGCCGAAUCAGCUUGAAAAUCUCGGCUUGGAUUCAUUAAUAAGCCCAUGGUGUGACCUGACUUUCGAUGAAGGUCAGUCUAUCAAUGUGGGAUGGUUGCCAGACCACCUUCUGAAUCCUAGCAUGUUGUAUCCCGUGGGUGAAUCAUCUUCAGCAAGUCCGCAAUCGUCGCAAUCUUCCACACGCGAACGCCGGUUUCCUUGUCCCCACAAACCUUGUGACAAGGUCUUCGGAUCAAAUAAUGAUCUUGAGCGCCACCUCGGCACACGAAAACAUCGGAAAGAUGUGGGGAAUUGGAGCGAGCGCGCUAAUCGUUAUCCAUGCAAAGUCACCGUAUGCAAAAGGAACAAUGUAGGCUUUGCAAGGAAGGACCAUUACAUCAACCAUCUUCGGAGGAUGCAUCAAGGUCUGGAGCUUGAUGAGGAUGACCUGUAUGGAUGAGAGGAGUUGGGAAACCCUAGCUAUUACCAAGCGUCGUACGCGCAAAGCUUUGCUGGAGACGCUCCUGGCAAGCCCGAGGCGGGAGAAUCGGAUUUUGGCCCAACUUGCAUCUUCCUUCAACGGGCGCCUGGUGCUAGGUCCCUUAACAUCUGCCAGAGCCCCACUGCGCUCUUUCUUAUGUAUUUACUGCAUAUGUAUCCUAGCCCUAGUUUUUCAACCCUUGCAAGGUAGAAAGGCGAGCCGAAGAGGUCCUCCAAAGUGAGGUACCUGGGUAGUUGGAUGUCCAUUGGCUCGCUACGCCGCUUAGCCCCUUUCACACCGCCAUGCCUGAUGCAGUAAUCCAUCGUAGGAUCUGAUUCGCGUCCAAGGCAGGCGGAUUUAAGCGCUGCUGAAGCUCAAUUAAAACUUUCGGGGUCCUUGCAGAGGUACUCCCACAC